AUGUAUCCGACCGUCGCACCGUUUCCACCGGUCCAGCCGCACCAUCGCAUGCACCAUCAUCAUCCCGAAUCCCUCAAUCAGCCCAUGUACGAUGCCAACGACUCUCACCUCCCAGUUCGCAAUGACCCCUCCAAACCAUUCUUUAAUCCAAUACCACGUCCGCGCAUCCAACUCCCCCAUCCCGUUCAACGCAUCGAUGUCCGCGAUGCCUCUGGCUCUAGCUCCACUGGAAAUGGGGCGGAACACACGUUGCGAAGGAAAACUCCAAGCGGUACUUUAGCUGCGGGGUACGAUGGGACGCUUGGCGACACCAUUCAACCACCAGCGACCAAACAUAUCUUGGUCUCGCCGAUGGAAUCGGGCCAGUUCCUGUCCCCUCAGGUCGGGAUGCAGUCCGAGAAUUGGCAGUUCAUGCCGGACCAGUCAGCUACCAAACAAAUGAAUUUUCCGCCGGUCUUCAAAAAUGACCCCGCAGGCAACGCAAUUCCCGAAGUCAUUCAAGAUGCGAAUGGCACGAGUUGGGUGCGUCCAGUUAACUAUCCUCCCGGGGUCGACUCGAUGUUGAACCAAAGUUUGCCUUUGCAGGCAUCUCAGCGACUUCUCUUGCAAAAUGGGCAAUACGUUCCCACGGUGUUGCCGGCGACCCUGCAGUCGUGUCUCGGACCGACCGCUUCGGCGGGAACCGGUCCAUUUGGUCCAUAUUGGCCAGAUGGAGUGUACAUCCCAUACCGUCCUGCGGCAUUUCGUGAUGCCCGUUUCGAAUCCCCGACAUCCUUUACAAAGCAACCAAACCAGCCCUUUUACGACCUGAACCAACCAGGUUUCCACCAAGUCCAAGUUCCGCUGGGUAAUCACGCAGAUUCGGGACUAGCUUGGGGCAAUCCUAUGCCUAGUUUGCCCACCCGAGACCCUUUGAUGAAACCUCAUUUUCCACCACGCCACUCUGACCAAUUGCCUUUCCACGCCCGCGCCAACCGUCCGCCAACAAACUUCCCACCUCCGCAAAUACUGAACAACGAGCCCACCACUUGGUCGAGUCGCCCACCAGCACAUGGAUUCCAGCCACCAGGGCCUGCCGUAGCAGCGAACGCGGAAUUCAAAGAGAAGGUGUUGUGUUGGGCCCACGGUGUCUAUGUCGACCUACUCGCAACCAUUCACCAGGCCCGCCGCAGCAGCAUCUCCCACGGCACUGCUGACGGACACACUAGGCUCUUGAAGCCGAGUAUUUAUCCCAAACCUCCACGACAGCCAGGUCUCGAUUUUUCACAAGCCUCUCCCCCCGAUCUCACUCGUCAUAACAGUUAUCCAGCAAGUCAAUAUGACCUGCAACGCCAAAAAAACAACGCUAUGGGAAGCCAUAGGUCUCACGAUCCUACACAUCCCGCAGUUCUUCCCCGAGCCAACACCCGUCGUCCAUCAUUGAACCAAUUCACUCACAGCAGAGGGUCUGAUACCCACAUGCUCGGCUUGCGUGACACGGGUGUGUCGCCCUUCACUAGAGCCCGUGGUUCUCUAUUCAAUGAAGGCUCACCCGUAUCUAAUGCCGCAUCUGCCUUGGAUAUGCUAUCUCAUCUGUGCGGGGAAAGCCAUUGGGAAUGGAUCGACGGAAUGCUUCUCGGAGGAUGCCUAGCCUAUGGCUUGGGGGAUUAUCACAAAGCCUUGCGUUGGAACAACAGAAUCAUCGCUCGUGACUCGACGCACGUGGAAGCUAUCUCCAACCUCGCUGCCACUCUCCUGGCACUCGAUCGCCGAGAGGAGGCUUCGCAGCAUUGGCUACGUGCUGUAAAGCUACGGCCAAGCUUUUUCGAGGCCGUCGAGCAUCUAAUCGGGCUACUGUGCAAUGCCAACCAAUGCAAGGAAGCUGUCAAUAUCAUUGAUUUUGUACAAAAAUCUCUCCGUCAUCCCAAGGAUGGCGAUUGCUUCAAGACAGAUGAACAUGCCAGUGAGCCCGAAAGUGAUGCUGAAAGCAAUGUUUCUGAUGUGUGCAUGUACGACAAAGCAUCUUUUGAGUACGAUGAUGACAUGGGAAGAACUCAAGGAAUGGAAGGUUGCUCGCCGGAUGCCAAACCUCUUGGUUUCGCGAGCAGCGGAUAUGCAAUUUCAGGUGCAGAGAACGGAAGAAUGUUGGCUUUGGUCCAUGCCAAAGGUAAUAUGCUCUAUGCUCUUGGUGACAAUGCGGGCGCUGCAGCUGCGUUUGAGGAUGCCAUUCUCAUCGCCGCCGGCCGAAGACGUCACGGCAUCCAGAGUAUUAUCAAGCAGAUUUUUACUGCAUUCUCCGGCCCUCCGAGUAACGGAUAUCCUCAAACUGAGCAUGAAUCUCAGGAGAGCAUUCUACUUUACCCCGACAGAGCAUUGCAAACCGCCCAGCUUGUUUUCCAAACAGGUGGAAUGCCACCGGGGCUUCAGUUCGUUGCCGAGGGUAUUGCCCGCAAUGCAGCCACGUCCACCACUAGCAAUGCCCUCCUGUCCUUAGCAAAAAUUUACCAGGAUGGCAUGACCAGCGUGGGUCCCUCGGGAGCACCAAGAUCCUCUCCUGGUGUGCGGGAGAUAUUGGCUCUCUAUUACCUUUCUCUCUCUUUGCAACCUAGCCCUUCAACUGCCAACAAUGUGGGAAUUUUGCUGGCUGGUAUUCAAAACAACCCACCAGCAAGAGGCUUAGUGCGACCGAAUGGCGAGAGUCAGCACCCUGAAGUGCCUGGUGUGGUUGCCGGAAGUGGAAUAUCCUUGGCAUUGGCCUAUUACAACUACGGGUUGCAGCUCGACCCGCGGCAUGCUCAUCUUUAUACUAAUCUCGGUAGCUUACUCAAGGACAUUGGACAGCUUCACGCCGCCAUCAAAAUGUAUGAGCAAGCAGUUCACUGUGAUGGCAAUUUCGAUAUAGCCUUGGCAAACUUGGCCAACGCUGUCAAGGAUAGUGGCCGGGUCAACGAUGCAAUUACAUACUACAAGCGCGCUGUCAAAGUAAACCCUGAGUUUGCGGAGGCGGUUUGCGGAUUAGCAAAUGCUUUGAAUUCUGUCUGUAACUGGGUCGGUCGGGGUGGAAUCGGCAAUGCGCGUGGCUUCCGCGACCGAUGGCACGUUGAUGAGAAAGGCAUGCUUCGGGAUUCCCUUAGUAUCGACACCGGCUCUGGAUGGAUCAAGCGCGUGGUAGACAUUGUUGACCGACAGCUCAAGGAAGGCGAAUAUUGGGGCCGUGGUAUAUUGACCACGAACAUGGCAGAGCAACUAUGUCUGCAAUUAGCUCCAGCUUUGGAGUCAUCUCGUUUUGCGUCUAGUCAACGGAUGUCUCUGACAAAACUUUUCCAGUCCUGGGCUGGAAAAAAAUGGGAGGGGUCUCGAAUUGUACGCCUCAUCGAGCGCGCUAUCCGGUCCCUCACUUGGCAGUGGUAUCAAGAUCGCUAUAUCUACGGCAAAGACUACCCUGCUUCCAAGUACCGACGUCCCCAACUGCCUGGAGCUCUUACUGCCCCGAACGCUCCUACAGUUUUGCCUUUUCACACGUUCACUUGUCCUUUGUCGGCAAAACAAAUCCGCCAGAUUUCCCAGCGCAAUGGACUGCGUAUCUCGACCUCAACUCUCCGACUACCUUGGCUUCCACCUACAGUCUUCCCUCCGCCCUCCCCGCCUAGUCCGUACCUUCGAGUGGGUUAUGUGUCAUCUGACUUUAAUAAUCAUCCUCUUGCCCAUUUGAUGCAAUCUGUUUUUGGGUUACAUGACCCAUCACGUGUCAAGUCGUUCUGUUACGCUACUACGCCAAGUGACAAAUCGGUGCAUCGCCAACAGAUCGAGAAAGAGGCUCCUGUGUUUCACGAUGCAAGUGGAUGGCCUGUUGAUCGACUAGUUCAGCAGAUUGUCGCGGAUGGAAUUCAUAUCCUAGUUAACUUGAACGGGUACACGCGAGGAGCUCGUAAUGAGGUCUUCGCUGCACGCCCUGCGCCUAUCCAUAUGUCGUUUAUGGGCUUUGCAGGCACCCUCGGUGCUGAAUGGUGCGACUACAUCCUCGCGGAUCAGCUUUCUAUUCCACCGGAAACACUGAGUCCCGGACGACGCAAUACGCGGAUUGAGGACCGUCUUCUAGAAGAAGAUAACGGUGAGGAGCUUGAGGAUUGGGUAUACGGGGAGAAGAUUGUUUUUACCCGCGAUACCUUUUUCUGCUGCGAUCACCGACAAAGUGCUCCGGAUGCUGGCGAAAGACAGGUCACAUGGGAGGAAGAACAAGCGCGGCGCUGGAGAAUGCGCAAAGAACUAUUUCCCAAAUUGAGUGACGAUACUAUCAUCUUGGGCAAUUUCAAUCAGCUUUACAAGAUUGAACCCACCACGUUCCGGACAUGGCUGCGCAUACUAGCGCGAAUCCCCAACGCUGUUCUCUGGCUUCUUCGCUUCCCAGACACAGGCGAGCAAAAUCUCCGAGACAUUGCCAAAGCCUGGGCUGGAGAAGAGACAGCAUCGCGCAUCAUCUUCACGGACGUAGCCCCAAAGAAUACACAUAUCGCGCGAGCGAAGAUCUUAGACUUGUUUCUUGACACGCCAGAAUGCAACGCCCACACGACUGCCACAGACGUCCUCUGGAGCGGCACCCCGCUAAUCACUCUCCCGCGCUACAAGUACAAAAUGUGCUCCCGCAUGGCGAGCAGUAUUCUCAGUAGCGCGCUUCCGAACUCUGAGGCUGGUCAGCGUGCCCGCGAGGAUCUCAUUGCGUCGUCUGAUGAAGAUUACGAAAACAAAGCCAUUCGUCUAUGUCUAGACCUGCAGUACUCUGGUCACGAGGGCCAACCCCGCGGCCGGCUGGCAGAUAUUCGCCAGAUGCUUUUCCGGGACCGCUACCAGAAUAAGCUCUUCGAUACAGCGCGCUGGGUGCGUGAUCUAGAAGAUGCUUAUGAGGCAGUCUGGUCGCAGUGGGUCAAUGGCGAAGAAGGCGAUAUCUGGUUAUGA